GUAUUGUAGAUCAGGCCUUCAACUUUUGUACGUGCAAUGGCCUUUACGACAAGUCGUAGUCGUAGGUCAACGCGCAAGCUUUGUCGUAUACUUGUUCGUAUAACAGAUCUCACUGUGAUAUGUAUCCAAAGAUAGAACAUCGACUUAUAAUAACUCUAAGAUACCUUGCUACAGAUGACUUACCUAUAUCAAUAGCUGUAGCAUUUCGAGUUGGAGAAUCUACAGUCAGGAAAAUAGUAAAGGAAGUUUGUGUAGUAAUUAUAAAAGUUUUACAACCAAUGUAUCUUACUUUUCCUGCUGAAGAAGAUUGGAAGAAAUGUACAGAUGGAUAUUGGAAGAAGUGGAAUCUUCCAAAUUGUUUUGGAUCAGUUGACGGGAAGCACAUAAAAAUUCAAUGUUCUCCUAAUAGUGGAACUUUAUUUUAUAAUUAUAAAAAAUAUAGCAUAGUUUUAAUGACAGUAGCGGACCAUUUAUAUAGAUUUACUUUAGUUGAUACAGGAGCUUAUGGAGGAGAUAGCGAUGAAGGAAUUUUUAACGAUUCUGAAAUAGGAAUAAAGUUAAAUAAUGAACAAUUAAAUCUGCUGAAAGGAACUGCUAAUCUUCCUGGUAGCAAUUUGAAGACAUUUGGAUAUUUUAUUGCUGAUGAUGCCUUUAGACUCUCAACCAGGAUAAUGAAACCCUAUUCUGGAAGAACAAUGCUGUAGAUAUAACCAUUAUAGUAGUGAAAUAAUUUCAGAAAAUAUAAAUGAGGAUGCGAUGUGGUUGUCAUUACCAAAUGCUGAAGAAUGUAGUGGUAAUAUAAAAGAAGCUCAAGCUCAAAGAAAUACAUGCAAUUAUUUUAUUUCUCCACCUGGACAAGUAGAGUGGCAGUAUGACUUUAUCCGUAGAGGUGUUCAUGCAGAUGGAUGAAAUAAAAAAAAUUUGAAUUAU